AGCAAUAAGCGACAAUUCUCAUAUGAACCUUAAUGAUACGGUCCUGAGUACCUAUAUAAAUCAAUCGAAAUAUGAAAUUUUAUCGUUAGAAAGUUCGUUAUUAAAGAAGUUAUUAAUAUUUGUGUUGUGCUGAAGUAUAUAUAAUAAUAUAAAGAAUACAAAAAUAUUAGUAAGAAAAGAUAGAUAUAAAUGUUACAUUAUACUUAAAAAUCGUAUAAUCAAGUACAAGAAGUUAAUUGUAUACAGAAAAAAUGCAGAAAGCACACAGAGUAAGAAGAGAAAUAGCUCGUUUAAUGGUAAAACCACCAGAAGGAGUAUCUUGUUAUGCAAAAGAAGAUUCAACGGAAUAUAUAUUAGUUACUAUCAUUGGUCCUGCUGGAUGUGCAUAUGAAGCCGGUGUUUUUGAAUUAGAUGUCGAAUUACCAGAACGAUAUCCUUUUGAACCACCACAUGUGAAAUUUCGUACACCAAUUUAUCAUCCAAAUAUUGAUAAUAAUGGUCGUAUAUGCUUAGAUCUAUUAAGAAUGCCACCUAAAGGUGGUUGGAAACCAACUAUAAGUCUAGAAAAUCUUUUAACUGCUAUUCGAUCGUUACUUGCACAUCCAAAUAUUAAUGAUCCACUUAUGACAGAAAUUGCAGAUGAAUAUCGUUAUAAUAGAUUCGAAUUUGAGUAUAAAGCUCGUAACUUUCAAGGUGAAUCCAAAAGGAAAAGAGAUAUAAAUUCAAUAAAUGUCUACUAAUCCAUUAAUAGAAUUAAUAAAAUAUUCUGGAUUUAUUUUUAUAUUUUUAUAUAUAUGUAAAAUUGUAUGUUCCUCCCUCCUCUCCAAUUAAAUAUUGAAGUUAGAAAUUUUCUUUUACAUUAUAUUAUAUUUUUCUUAUUAAAGAUAUGUAUUACAGUUCUUGAAAAGUUCAUAUUUAUAUGUAUUUUUAUAAAACGUUUUCACAUUGUAUGUCAAUAAAUUUGUUGAUUAACAAUACAUCUGUCAAAAUACAAUAAGCUUUUUUUUUAUAAUUUAAACCUUAUGAAGUAUAUGGGAUGAACAAUUAGGCACACGACAAAGGCAGUUGAAAAUAUCUUAAGAUCUACUAUUACAUAUAAAUUUGUAGCAAAUAAUAAUGAUUUAUACAACUAAUAAGGAGAAAUGUAUAACACAUAAAUUUGACUGUCUUACAAAUAUCACAUCAAAACAAUUAAUUAUUAUCAAAGUAUAUUUUUGUUAUUAAGGAAUUUCUCAUUUUUUUAAUCAAAAUCUUUUUAGAAUUAUCAUGAAUUUAUAAUGAAUUCAUAUCAAACAUAGAAAAAAUAUAUAACUUUAAUGUAGACUAUGAUUAUUAUUAAAUUAUUGAUUUACUGAUUAAUAACACUGUAAAUUAGAAGAUAUUUACAAAAAAAAUAUAGUAAGAAAAGACAUCAAUGAUCAUGUAAUAAGAUAUGUAG